UCGUAACAGAAGGACGUAUGGAGUAUGAUGAAACUGGUCACAUGACUGAUGACGUUCCAGCGGGAGUAACUCCGGUGAUGCACGUUUGUGAAUCACUUGACUGAGAGAGCCGGUAGAGGAGGACGAAAAGAGAGGAAUUAAGUCUCACUUAGACGACUGAACACAACCAGAAAAGAAACCAUGCCUGCAGAUAUUGCCAAAGGAAAGAAGGCGUUUGUCCAGAAGUGUGCCCAGUGCCAUAGUGUGGAGAAUGGUGGAAAGCACAAGGUCGGGCCUAACCUUUGGGGUCUGUUUGGACGCAAAACAGGCCAGGCAGCCGGCUACUCCUAUACUGAUGCCAACAAAAGCAAAGGCAUUGUCUGGGAUGACGACACCCUGAUGAUCUAUUUGGAAAAUCCCAAGAAAUACAUUCCAGGAACAAAGAUGAUCUUUGCUGGCAUCAAGAAGAAGGGAGAACGCACGGAUCUUGUAGCAUAUCUCAAGUCUGCAACUUCAUAAAGAACAUUUCAUAUGUGCAGCUUUGCUAUUAUUUUGUGCCCUGACAAACGGUUAAAGACGAACUCACGCCGUUCUUUCAAAACCAGGCACAACUGCAAACAAGUUAUUAAUGAUAUUGGCAUGACAGUUCACCAUCUUUGUCACAGCUGUACCUCUGUUUCUGACAUGAUCCACGUGUGGUGGACAAGCAAUGCAUAAAUCCCCUGGUUUUAACAGGUUUCAUUUUUCUAUCAUAAAUUAUUAAACCAUAUACUGUGUGUUCAGAAUGUAGGGACUGAAAGCUGUAUUUUGUCAUUGUCAUCCUGAUUUUCUUGAUUAAUUAUGAAGUUGUAUGCCUUAUCUGCUUCCAAUUUUAUGAUGCCUUUUUAAUGCCUUUUCUGAAUUUGCAAGGUGAAUAAAAUUGACACUAAAUGUUA